UUUUGUCGCUAAACUCCCUCCUGAGUUGUUUUUUCGACUCGGAGCGAUCCGAUUCUGUGUUAUAACUCGGACAAAACCUUGUCCGUAACCGUAAACCCCAAAUACGAACACGCGCCCCGCGCGCCGGUCAUCGGUGGACAGUGGUGGUGUGGGGGAUGUGGCGCGUCGGACGCUCCCCUCUCGCCGGGUUUCCUCCGAAUCCGACAACGCCUCCUUACGCGCAAGAAACCAAAAACUUUACUCCACUUCAUUAAAACCUCUCUCUCUUUCUCUCUCUCUCUCUCUCUCAGUAUAAGUGCCUUCUCUCUCUCUCUCUCUCGUAUGAGCUGUCGAUCGAUCUCUCACUCCCCCCUCCUCCGAGGUCGAGUUCCGAGGCGGAGGCGUCGCCGGAGGCUGGUUCUUCGAUCUCGAUCAUGGCCUCGUUUCCCGGGAACUGGAGGGCCGGGCUGACCCUGCAGGGCAGGCAGAGGAUCGUCAACGAGAUAUUUCAAACUAUAAGGUUAAGGAUGGGACCAGAGCAACCAAAUGCGGUACUACUUGAUCUUGCUGCAAGAUGCGAGGAGAUGGUUUAUGCUUCUGCGACUGACCUGAAUGAUUAUGUGAGAAAAAUUGCCCUUAAGCUGCUGACAGUGGAGGCCCGUAUCCCCGCUAGGAAUUCCACUCCACCUCUACCUCCUCGUACUCCGCCUCUUUCUCCUCGCCGUACUGUCCCUCACGAUGAGGAAGAAGAAGAACAGGAUUUUGAGGGUGGCAAUGCCAAUAUCGCUUCAACCAGUGUGAAUAAUAACAAUAUCAAGAUUUGAAGCCGAUGCGCUUCUGAUCUUUGCGUGGGAGGGUGGAGGAGUUUAGUCGGUAGAAGGCCAGCUUUGGGUAUACAGGGUCUUGCUACCAGUACUAGCCUUAAUAAAUGGUAAUUUGCUUCUUUAAGUCGUACAUUUUAUGGAUCUAUGCACCAUAUAUUAUCAUACUGCUUAACUAUAUUAUGACAAUCUUCUAUCAGUUGUUCUAGUUCUUA